CGCGGAGGUUAGUAUCUCCCAAUAAUAAGGCCAUCUCUGGUUCUGGUAAGACCAUGGUCCGACGCCAAUGAUUGGGUCACUUUAAUAUAGGGUUGUACGGUGAGCUCUCUAAUUGGUCAAAUACGGAUCCUCGUGUUCAGCGUGAACCAAUCCACACUCAAGGUUGUGUUACAUUUGCUUUCACACUAUGUUUCACGCUGUUAAACAAUAGCUGGUAACCAGCGCAAGUUGUAUUUGUUAAUAAUCUUUCACUUUUGUUAAAUUAUCUGCGCGGCAAUUAUCUGUCGAUUUUUAUAAAUUUAUGAAUAUGCCAGAAAACGAUAAACAAAAUCUCGCUAUGGUCACCUGCACGGCACCGGUAAACAUCGCUGUCAUCAAAUACUGGGGGAAACGUGAUGAAGAUAUCAUUCUGCCAAUCAAUUCAUCCCUCAGCGUAACAUUGCAUCAGGACCAGCUCAAAACAACCACAACAAUUGCAUGCAGCAGAAAUUUCCAGCAAGACCGCAUCUGGUUGAAUGGCAAAGAAGAGGAUAUCAGCAACCCCCGGCUGCAGUCAUGUCUGCAGGAGAUUCGAAGGUUUGCUCGCAAGAGACGAAAUACUGGUGAUUCAACUUCUGACGUCAACAGUGUGUCGCAUAAGGUCCAUAUUUGCUCUGUGAAUAAUUUUCCAACUGCUGCUGGCCUGGCAUCAUCUGCAUCAGGCUACGCCUGUCUGGUGUACACGCUGUCACAGUUGUUUGGUGUGGAGAACGAGCAGUUGUCUGCAGUGGCACGACAGGGAUCUGGCAGUGCAUGCAGGAGUUUGUAUGGUGGCUUUGUCCAGUGGAAGCUGGGGGAACGGUCGGACGGGAAAGACAGUCUCGCUGAGCAAGUGGAAUCGGAGUCGUACUGGCCAGAGCUCAGAAUAUUGAUCCUAGUGGUGAGUGCUGAUCAGAAGUCUGUUGGGAGCACAUCUGGAAUGCAUACUAGUGUGGAGACGAGCCAACUUCUGAAGUACCGGGCAGAUGUUGUGGUCCCCAGUCGUAUGGAGGAGAUGAUCAGGGUUAUACGACAACGAGACUUUACAGCAUUUGGUGAGCUGACUAUGAAAGACAGUAAUCAGUUUCAUGCCAUCUGUCUGGACACCUACCCACCCAUAUUCUACCUGAACAACAUAUCGCACCAGAUCAUCAGCCUAGUUCACCGCUACAACCAGUACUAUGGGGAGACCAGGGUGGCAUAUACCUUUGAUGCUGGUCCUAAUGCUGUUAUUUACACAUUGCAAGACCACUUGCCAGAGUUUGUACAGGUGGUCCGUCAUUUCUUUCCCCCAGAAAUCAGCGGAGAAGAGUUUGUCAAAGGUCUUCCUGUGUGUUCAGCUGACCUUUCUGAGGACCUGAAGAGAGACAUUAAUAUGGAUCCCACGCCCAAGGGUAUACGCUAUAUAAUCAGCACUGAGGCUGGUCCUGGGCCAUGUGUGGUGAAGGAUCCAAACCAUCAUUUGUUGGGAGCUGAUGGGCUGCCCAAGAAGAGUGCUAUUUGAGAUGAACCCUUAAGAUUACAGAGAAAGAAAAAAAUAUGUUUUGCAUCAUUAAAGAUACUUUGUAAAUAUAUUUCAAUAUAAAUUGCUGGUAAAGAGUGAAUUUACUCUGAUUAAAAUAGUGAUUUAUAUGAUGACACAGUUUGUCUUUUUGUCUGAUCUGCAUGAAUGGAUUGUUAUCUUUGUUUAGACUCAUAUAAAUUAUUCUUAAAGAAUGGGGGACAUUUAAGUUACAAACAAAAACAGCAAUGAGGGUUUUUUUUUUUUUUUUUUUUUUCACCCAGCAAAUAGAUCAACAUAAAAGAUCAUCAAGAUCAUAAACCAUGUUGUGCAUCAUCUUGUCAUCAGAAACCUUGAUGCAUGACCUCCGUGGUUUAGGUUGGACAUAAUUUUACAGUUAUUUUCUCACAGACAAGAAAGCUUUAAUUUAUUAAAAUUUUUAAAUAUCUUGUGUUCUCGUAGUCAGCCAUUGAGAACAGAGUGCAGAGUGCAGAGGACAGAUGGAAAUACAUGGAUGUGUUCUUUAUAUUGAGGAUUCAUUAAAUGCCACCUUUGAGAGAAAACACUGGAUUGAGAGCAAAUACAUGACAGCUCAUAAAAGUAAACAUUUUUGUUUUGUUUUGUUUUGCAUAAUUUUAAUAAAGGAAUAAAGACUCAAAGAAUGCCUGCAGU